AUGGGAAAACCGCCCCAACCCAUCCCCGGAGACGGAGACGACCUCCCCCCUCCCAGCUACGAACAAGCCAUCAUCCAACCCUCCUCCUCCGCCGCCAGCAACAGCUACUACCAAUCCCCCAUCCUCGCCCCUCCCAUCCCCUCCGAACAGCCCUACCUCAGCAUCAACGCCAACACUCGCGCCGCCAACCAAGUAACCCUCGACCCCGACCUCAGCGCCGACCCUUCGGCCCUCCACGCGCUCGUCGCCCGCCAGGCCGACGUCCCUGCUCGUCCGGUCCUCACCAUCCGCGGCACCCACACCGUGACGCGCUCCGAGAACCACGGGCGGAAACACCGCAGUCGCAACGUCACGGACUUUGACUUUAAGGUUGACCUCUCGCCGUAUGUGGUGGGGUCGGGGCCGCAGGGGGAUCGGGAUGAGGAUGGAUGGCAUGAGUUGAAGGUUGUCGGGGAUGGGGAUGGUGUGAAGCGGUAUCGCGGGGGUGUGUUUCCGUCCAGACGCUGGAAGGGACAUGGGUGUUGCGGGAAGAAGAAGCGGGGAGCGAUCCGGUUGGGUGGUCAGGGGGACGGAGACGAGGAGAAUGUUGGUUUGGUGAGAGGGUCGGAGGAGGGUCGAGGAGACGUCGAGGAGGGACUGGGACGGGGGAGUCCCGGGUUGAUCGGUUGGUGUCAUCGAUUCUGCGAGGAUCCUGCGCCGGUGAAAUCAUUCACCUUCGAACGUUCCGUCUCCGGCCUGGACUCAGACAUCAUCCGAUCGGCGCUGAAAUCGCACCUCCGCGCGCUCAACUACCGCGGCAAAGUCGAAGUGUCGACCGCCGUCGCCAACCGCUCGUUCACCGUGUACUCGCCGCACUGGAUCAACCGGGCGCGCAACAACCCGUGGAUCUUCUACGGCUGUCUCCUGCUGCAGCUGUGGAUCCUCACAUGGCCGGUGCUGUGGUUGCUGGAGCGCAAAUACCGCGUCGUGGAGUCGGAGUGGCGGUUCUCGCGCCCGUCGGGGGCCAACAAUAAGACGUUCGCGCAGGGACGCAGCGAGGCCGAGGUCGCGAAGGAUGUCGCGCCUGUGGUGACCCAGGCGGCGUGGGAGCGGCGACGCGCGGGGAAUAUCCUGACGGCCGAGGAGGUGGAUACGUUGCGACGGUUGGAAUUGGAGGGACGCCAGAGGGGAGGACGAGUCAUGGUGGUCAACUUUGGGGAUAUGGGCGAGUGGGGGAAUAAUCAUCACACGUUUGCUGGAUGA